AUGGCUUUAGCUUCAAUUUAUCCCAUUAAACUUUCAUCAAAUGAUACAGAAAAAUUAGAUAAAUUAGUAAAAGAUCUCAAUAAAGUUGAAUGGGAAAAUGGUGAAUAUUAUUUUCAUAAUUUUGUUGAUUAUUAUCAAUUACCACAAAUAAUACGUGUUGAACAAGGAUGGAAUACAAAUUUGAUUAAAAAUCAAUCAAUGUAUUUACAAACAUUAUUUGAUCGUUAUUUAAUUAUUGCUUCACCAUUAUCAUCAUCAAGUAAAAGUAGUUCAUCAAAACAAAAAUAUCUUAUACCAGAUUGGUUCCAAGGUGAAUGUCGUAUUGUAUCAAAACACCCCGUACUUAAAAAACGUUGGUGGAUUUUUCAAGGUACAUUUGAAUUAUAUCGAUUUGAUUUACCACGCUCAAUAAAAGUUCUUGCUGAUACACCAGCACAUAUGCGUAAAAAAGAAGCAUCAUCAACUCAUGAAUGGGAUAAAAUUGUUCUACGUAAAAGUGCUCGUCUUAAUGUUGUACGUCGUGAACAAUAUCAAUCACGUAUUAAAAAUGAUAAAGGUGAAUUAAUUGUAAGUGAACCAAAAGAAGCAUUUGUACUUCAAGAUCCAAAAAGUGGCCAUGAAUUUAUUUUACCACCUGGUGUACCAUUACGUUUUGCAACAUUAAUUGAAGAUACUGAAUUACAUGCACAAUAUAAAAGUCAUGAAGGAACAUUUACAUUUCCAGAAAUAAUGAUGCGUUAUGAUUUUCCACUCGAUAUUGAAGUAACAACACAUUUACCGGCUGAUUUACCUGAUUUUAAACCAGAAGUUAGAUUAGAAAAAUUCUGUGUUGCAAAAUCUGUUUUAGGUUUUCUUAUCGGUCAAGAUCAACCAAAAUUAAUUGAACUUUCACCAUUAACACAAUAUACAUUACAUUGUGCUAAAUGUUUAACAUUUGGUUUACCGCGCGAAGGUGAAAAUGUUGAACCAGAUAAAAAAAAAGAAGAAAAAUUUGAUGAAAAAGAUUAUCAACGUUAUGAAGAAGUUCGAAGUAAAAUGAAUAUGAUUUUUGAUGAUUCAGUAGAACUUCACAAAAGUAAAAUUCAAUUAGCAUUACCUGACGAGCUUGAUUGUGUUGAAACAGCUUUUGAAAUAAGUGUGCGAAUGAAAGCUGAAGAAGAUCGACCAGUAGAUACUGCUUAUUUAACAUUAGAAGAAGCAAUUAAAAUUGUUAAACAAACAAAAGAUGAUAUUCCAUUUCCUAAACCACAACCGAAACGAUUUACUGUUCAUGCUAGUGCUGAUCCAAGUAAUCCAUACAAUGAAGUUAUUGAUUUUGAAGAUGUGGAAGCACUAAAUGAAAGUGUCGAACAAAAUCCACCUGAAGCAUCAAAAAAAGAAAGUUCAAAAUCGGAAAGUUCAAAAUCGGAAAGUUCAAAAUCGAAAUCAUCAUCGAAAAAAUCACGUGAUAAGCCUGACAAACCAACAAAUCAAUCAACUAAACGUCCUGCUCUUGUUGUUCAACAAUUACCACCACCAAUAAUUUUACCACCUGAAGCAUUCGAAAGAACUGUUAAAGCAAUUCCGGAUAAACUCUAUACAAGUUUUAUUCCAGCUACUGUUAUAAAAAAAAUGGAUAAAAAAGAAAACGAAAAAGAUAAAGACAAAGAUAAAGAAAAGGAAAAGGACAAACAUAAAGAUAAAGACAAAGAUAAAGUUAAAGAAAAAGACACCGAAAAAAAAUCCAAGAAAAGUCAUAAAUGA